GUGCAACACUAGCUUUUCAAAUUUGGUGGUGAAACGAUGGAGUAGUAAACAAAAGAAAACGAAAAAUAUAGGCUGCAUAAAAAUAAGAAAUCAAAUUAAAAAUUUAUGGCUUUUGCAGCAAAUUAUCAAGAGAAUGAAUGCAGACUUAUAACAGGAAACUAAUCCUAACACUUCUAUUGCAUUAUACUGCAACCAUUGAUCAUGUUCGUAAGAAGGAUGAACUCAUAACAAUCUUAGCUCAUCAACGAAGACUGUAGGAUUUUUUUUUCUUUAAUUUAUUAGUCUCAAAGAAACAUGGUUAUUUAAUUUCACCUGCAUAUGAAAUUACUGGAUUAUCGCUACAAAAGAAAGACCAAACUUUCUGUGCUCCAUGCUCGAAAACCAAAGUCCUGUGAUUAUGCGAUCAAUAUUUAUUCUAAAACAAGUUAUAUUUUAUAAAACGAUGCUAUCUAUAACCGCCUUCCCUUCUUAUAAACAUCCUUUAUUUACCAUGCCUUAAGAAGUAGCAAUCUUCGUAUUCUCAAGUAACGUUCCUUCUGAUGGUAAAGUAGCAAUCGACAACUUAAUUUCAGUAUAGGAGUUUGAAGCUCAGCUUUUUCUAUCCUUUCUUUUAUUUAUUUUUUUUAAAUUGCUUGUUGCACAGUUUGUAAGUCCAUCCCUUCGUUGUCUGCAUAAAACUCCUAGAAGCAAAAUUCAACAUACAAUUUGAAAGUAUCCUCGCUUAUAUAUGUAGAAGCGUUUGAUGAAGUCUCAAUAAGAACGGGAAGUGUCUCCUAAUUUCUUCAAUGUAUCAAAGCAACAGAAAGAGAGCAAAUAAAGAACUUGACAGACAUCCACACUGUAUUUAUGGUACACCAGUCCACUUAGAGGCAUAUCAAAACAGCCAUAAUUUGCCAGUGUGGAAACAAGCAGCAACGGAUGAAAGAAAUAGAAAGCGGUUUCAUGGUGCAUUCACAGGUGGAUUCUCAGCAGGAUAUUAUAAUUCGGUGGGAUCGAAGGAAGGAUGGCAGCCAAAAGCUUGGUCAAGUUCCAAGACAGAUCGGGGUCAAAAAAUUGGUCUUUCCUUGGAAGACAUUAUGGAUGAAGAAGAUAGAAAUGAUCAAGAGAUGUCCAGAGUUUACAGUUUUCAGGAAGACACAUUAGAAAAAUCUAUUCCCCUUGAUGACCCAAUAUUAAGAGAGCUUGGACCAAAACAAACAACAAUUGGUGAAAAGAUAUUAAGAAAUUUUGGAUGGAACGGGAAGGAUUUCGUGGUCUCUACAGCUAAGGAUUUUUACGAGGCAGAAGACUCAGCCAAGUACAACAUUCAUGGGCUUGGAUAUCAACAGGAUCAAACUAUCAAUCAACAGAAAAUUUUAAAUAAAGAUUUAAAAAAGAAACCAGGGAACCAUGCUUUUGGUUUAGGUGUUGCGGUUGACGAUAAUGAAGAGGACGAAGACCCGUAUAACCUUGGGCCACCCAAAUCUCGAUUUGACAGAAGCAUUAAUUCAAGGAAGAAAAAUACACCUUCUAUACCUACUAUCGGAAAGCAUACCUUUGUUUCUAAAAAAAGUCGACUAAAAUCCUCUUUUGCACCCUCGACCAAUUGUAUGGAUGGUUUACCAGCUCUUGCUGGUUUCGUCGUUAUUUAUUCACCAGAGACUAUUACAAAUCAAUGGUUUCCUGCACCGGAGGUUCCUGAAGGUUGGAAAUCACGAUUCUCAUCUUCCACUAACCCUGUUUCACAUGCAUCCUCAUUUCAUAAAAGCACAAACACAAGUGAACGUUCAGAAGCGCUUUUCGACUCUGAGAAAAACAACCAGGACAAUCAAGGAACGCUAUCGCAUACUAGUCCUUCUGACGAGCAAGAAUGGAGGAUAAUUGAUUUGGACACAGCCAAACAUGCUCUUUCCAGGAAGGACAAUCCGUACAACGAUGAGCGAGCUGGGAUGUACGAAAUUUUUCUGAAAGCUCAUAUUCAAGAUAUGCCUAAGCUGUUAACAGAAAUGCGAACUACACAUCUUUCCGAGUUUGCCCAAACCGCAUCUUUAUAUCGUCCAAUGUCUCGGAAUUUGUCCAUGCGCUUUACUUCUUCUUCCGGUGAUAACCCCCGUAAUGCUAUAGCAAUAUCAGAAACCACAGAUCAAGCUAAUGAUACUUCUAUAUUGAGCAUGCCUCGACAAAUAUCAGAUUUUUACCCAAAUCGCUUGCUUUGUAAACGCUUCCAUGUUCGUGCCCCUGAGAUAAAGCAUGAAAUUUCUCCUAUACUUUCCAGUGAGCGACCCUCUAUUUCAUAUGAAGCCUUACCAAAGACAGUCGAUGAAAGUCUCUCCAAUCGUCCUCCUCAACCCAAAGUUUCUCCUGAGAGCCUUUUCAAUGCUAUUUUUGGUGAUGAUUAAUUGUUCUAUAGUGUACCCCGUUUAAGCACACAUAUCUCUUAGUUUUUUAAUGUAUAUAGCCACGCAAUUCAGUUACUAUUUUUUUCUUUUCCAGUUUAUAAUAAUAAUACACUUAAUAAAAAUAUAUUCGUUAACAAA